GGAAACCUGCUCGAUUUCGUGUAUAUUCUAGUCUCCACGAAUCGCGAUGCAGCAAGCAAACUCACGAAACGACGUCGCUUGCCUGCCAAUCUUAGACGAAACCCAUUCAGCAUCUAAACCAUGAAUAUUCCAUGGCGCCCAUCCCCCAGUACUUCGAUUAUUUUUAAGCACUGGAUAUGGUUUUUUAAAUGAUUCAAUAAGGGUUCUGGGUAUCUGUGAAACGAGCAGGGAAUCGGCACAGAGAUGGGGAGGAACUGGGUUAUACUGGGUUUGGCUGUUGUAUUGGGUUUUGCAGAGAUCAUCAAUGGCGGUAUUACCAGCACUUUCGUCAGAAACUCUGAUUUGGUUCAUGAUAUGCCGCUAGACAGCGAUGUAUUCAAAAUCCCACCCGGUUACAAUGCUCCUCAACAGGUGCACAUUACACAAGGAGACCAUGAAGGUAAAGGGAUUUUGGUGUCUUGGGUGACUCAAGACGAGCCUGGCUCAAAUACAGUUGAGUACUGGGCUGAAGGCAGCAAAAUAAAGAGUCGUGCAGAAGGAAUUGUUGUGAAGUACAAGUAUGUCAAUUAUACUUCUGGCUACAUUCAUCACUGCACCAUUAAAGGACUGGAGUUUGACACCAAGUACUACUACGAGGUUGGGAUUGGCAGCAACUCGACCAGGCAAUUCUGGUUCACAACACCUCCUAAACCAGGCCCUGAUGUCCCUUAUACUUUUGGCCUCAUAGGUGAUCUGGGUCAAACCCCUGAUUCGAACCGGACAAUUGAUCACUAUUUAUCCAAUCCUAGGGAGCCAAAGACAUUGCUGUUUGUGGGUGACCUCUCCUAUGCUGAUGCUUAUCCGUUGCAUGACAACACGAGGUGGGAUACAUGGGGAAGGUUUACUGAGAGAUUGGUAGCAUACCAACCUUCUAUCUGGACAGCAGGAAAUCAUGAACUUGAUUUUCUCCCUGCCAAUGGUGAACCCAAACCCUUCAAGCCUUACUUGCACCGUUAUCAUGUCCCAUAUAAAGCAUCAGGCAGUACAUCUCCACUGUGGUACUCUGUUAAGAGGGCGUCUGCUUACAUUAUUGUCCUCUCCAGCUACUCUGCUUAUGGGAAGUACACUCCCCAAUACAAGUGGCUAGAAGAGGAGCUGCCUAAAGUGAACAGGACGGUGACACCAUGGCUCAUAGUCAUCAUGCACAGUCCAUUCUAUCAUAGCUAUGGGCACCACUAUAUGGAAGGGGAAACCAUGCGAGUGAUGUACGAGCAAUGGUUUGUACAAUACAAAGUUGAUGCUGUCUUUGCUGGACAUGUUCAUGCUUACGAACGAUCUGAACGCGUAUCAAACAUUGCGUACGACAUUGUUAACGCACGCUGCACUCCAGUUGAGGAUCAAUCUGCUCCGGUCCACAUCACCAUAGGAGAUGGAGGGAAUCUUGAAGGAUUGGUUACAGACAUGAUGGAGCCACAGCCGGCUUACUCGGCCUUCCGAGAACCAAGUUUCGGACAUGGAAUCCUGGACAUAAAGAACAGAACACACGCCUACUUCGGUUGGCAUCGGAAUCAAGAUGGUUAUGCUGUCGAAGCCGAUUCCUUGUGGCUGCUCAACAGGUACUGGAAGCCCUUGGCUGAAUCGCAGGCUGCCGCGAUUUGAAGUGGCUCAAUUCUGGCCAGUUAGGGGAAUGUCUAUCAUCCGAGUUAAUGGGAUAGAACCACCCAUGUUCCACUUACACAAGCAACACUGUUGUAUCGAAAUAAAAAAGAGUGCUGUAAAUCUUCACGUGCAUGUUAGAUGAAUUGAGGAUCAAUCUUUCGCUUUCGUUGGUUCCAUUUAAGGUUAACACCUGACCAUAGUGAAUAUUGAUGUCGAUGGAUAUUGUACGAUGGAAGUACACAAAGGUGCAAUUUAUACAGCAACCAACACUUCAGUCCAAAUAUUAAGCACGUGGGGGCUGUUCAAGCACACGUGAUUUCUAUCAUAAGCUUCCCCUUACGUACAACAACAUUACAAGUUACAACUAACAACGACUACUGAAAACUUUACAGGUAUUUACACUGAAUGCACACAGACUGAGAAAGCCAGCAGAACCAUAUCAUAGGAUGGUGGGCUUUCCUCGUAUCAUACAACUGCCACUAGCUUUGCCUAUUUUCUAUACUAUUUAUUUACACUCCCUGUUGGAAUAUAUAUAACAAUUUAUA